AAGCCUUUGGGCUGUUGUUCAGGCCGACAAGCGAUUCCAUCGCAUAGGCCUUCCAAUCAUGUUUCGCAGGAUUAUCGUUUCAUCUGUAUCACAGCUCGACGGAUUCCUGGAAAUGCUGAUUCAUUCAUCCUACCCAAGGGGACUAGUCAAGAGCCUGUGGCUGGGCUGGGCUAGUGAUACACUUAUCAAUACCCCGAGUCCCCAGGGUUCGGACGCAGAAUCGGUAAUGGUACUGGACGAAGACGAAGAUAUCUCAAUCGAAGAUAUAGAAGAGCUGUUCAACGACGCCAAGAUAUCCCCUCUCCCGAACGGCAUGAUCCCCAGUAUUCUCGAGGAACGACCAUGGAUCAAAUCCCUCCUGGUUCUCCAUCUUCUCCCCAACCUAGAGGAUCUUAGGAUCGCCUUUUCGACCCCGCGCUUUGAAGGGAUACUGUCUCAAAUGAUGCAGCGUCGGUUGCUAUCAACGAAGCUGAGGGUGGUCAGGAGGACAGCAGUACAGGGGGUCAUCGAUGCGGACGUCCUAGUGCCCUCUUUCCUAUAUCCUUCGGUCACUGAGAUUUAUGGUCAUCGGAUUGUCUCCAGUGAGAUGGAGCUUCAAUGCGACUGGUUACUGCCCCGGGGCACCACCUUUUCCUCGGUCAUCGGCACCUCAAACGUUGACCACAUCGAGCUUCAUGAGUCAAGGCUGGAUACCGAUGUCAUCGAAGGUAUUCUACAGCUACCUCGGGCUCUGAGAACCCUCGUAUACUCGGACGCCGGAACAGAGUAUGAGAGAAUGAAG